CAAUGGAUGACCUUAAAUAUAUAGUAAAGAAUCAUCUUCAUAUUGUUUUAAGAAAAGAUCGACAAAGACAGUAUGCAGUGCCUCAAUAUUGCCAGCAAUGUAGAUUGAUGGUGUGAAUAUGAUCAAAGUAAAUGAAAAUUUUUGCUAAAAAAAGUGAAUCUACUCCUAUAUUCUGACUGGAAUGUGGAAUCAAAUGGCUCAAGGGCAGAAUACCAUUCAACAAGCAACGUUGGAACUUGGUCGAGAGUUUGAAUUAAACAAUACCAGUUCAACACCUUGUGUUAUUAAAGAUGAAAAGCGGGUGAAGGAAAAGAAAACUGUUAGAAAAUCGUCUCAAUAUGUCGCUACGCUGGAAUGGGUUAAUGAAAAUUACAAACUAUCUGAAGGAGUUUGCUUGCCGCGAUGUACGUUAUAUCAACAUUAUUUAGACUUUUGCCAGAAACAGGGUUUUAUUCCAGUAGGAGCUGCUGCAUUUGGAAAGAUUAUUCGUCACCAGUUUCCAAGCAUUACAACACGGCGACUGGGAACACGUGGUCAGUCAAAAUACCAUUAUUAUGGAAUUGAUGUUAAACCUACCUCAUUUUACUAUAAAGAUGUCUUGAAAGGUACUGGAAUGACAAGGUUCUCAGGAAAGAGAUUCAAAACAACUGAGUUGUUUCAAAAACAAAUUCCUUCAUCAUCUAAACAAUGCAUAUUGCCUCGGGAUAUACUGAAAGUUCAAGACCUGAAGCUUCCAGCUGAUGUCCAACAAGAUAAGAUGGAGACAUUUCUAAUAAUGUAUCAUACACACUGCCAGCAAAUCAUUGACAUUGUGAUCAGUGCUAGUUUUCUUCAAGUACAGCAUUUUCUGAAACAUUUCUGGUUAGGGAUUCCAGACCAUCUUCAGGAAAUCCUUGACAAGCCUGUACUGAGGAGUGUUGUGGCAGUUUAUGAUGGGGAGUUAUAUAAGACCAUAGAAGAAGUUCUUAUUCCUUCAUCAAUCCCAGCGCUUCCAGAAAGUCUACAAGAAGAAAUCUUAAACUUUGUGAACUCCAUGGGUGAAUGGUUGAAUGAAGCAUUACGUGCAGUUCCAGAGAGUCUCAUCACAACAAAGCUUGAAGUUUUCCAUGAAUUUUUACGAACUAUGAAGAGACAGUUAUGUUUCAUACAUUUGGCUCAGAGCACUUCCUUGGUGUUAGCUAACCGAGAACAAGUACAUCAAAUGAUUAAGGACUUAGAAAAUAUAAAAAUGGAUAACAUUACUAUUGAGUCUAUGCUUCUGUGUGAGAACCCUGAUGUUCAUUUGAAAAAGAGAAUUGAAAAAGGUUUUUCACAAGUUUUGUAUUUACUGAAAAAACAAGCAAAUAUAGAUGAAAUCACGGAAUGGGUGGAUAAUAUUAUAAAAGAAUUAUUUGGAAAGGUGUGUAUUUACUUGUAUGGUUAA